CGACACUUCAGUUCACCGUUUAGCGCUAUGGGCAACAGCAGUAGCGCCGCUGUAGCAGCCGCCCACUGUCCAGCACCGUUCGCCUUUCCUUUCACACCAUUCGGUCUGAGUUUGUUCGACAUAGAUCCGUCCAGAAUUUUGGGUAUGCUGCGACAUCAGACUUGGCUGGCCGAAGAAGCUUUGAAAGGUCACAACUUGUUGAACACACCGAAGGAGUUUGCCCACCGUUUCAAUCCCAUCGGUGAUUUGUUCGCCAAGGAUUUCCAUCCGAAUCAUUCGCAUGCCAACACUGCCGAUUUGCUUGCUGGCGUAACAGUGUCCAAUAAUAGGGCGAGCACUGUUAGUCCAGUUAAGCAGACAACAUCACCACAACAACAACAAAAACAAGCCGAACGCAAUGCAAUGGUGCAACAGCAACAACCACAGUACAAAACGCAACUUCAUCACCAACAACAGCAGCAACAGCCGCCACAACAGCAACAACAAACAUUCAAUGUGCGCUAUCCCUCGCCAGCUGCAUAUUUCCAUCAUCAACAACAGCAGCAACAACAGCAACAUUUGAAGCAAAUGUCCAGCCGUCAAGGCACACCGUCACCACAUGCCACCGCCACCUCAACACAAACAAAAGCGGAUAACACACCUGCCACGCACACGGUGGCAGCUGAUGAUGAUGACGUCGUCAUCGAACUCACGACCACAAACGAUGACGCACGCGAUAGUGGCCGCGAAAGCGCUGCGCACACACCGAACAACAGCAGCGCCGGCACCUCGAGUGGAUUGGGCACUUCAGCCAGCGCAGCCGGUAGUAGCGGUGCACUGAGCAACGCUUGCUCACCGCUACUCUACAAAGAGUCACUCGAACAAUUGUUGCAACGUCGUCGUUCCGGCUCCUCGCUUGGUGGCGUCAGCGACAGUUUACGUUCGUACACACAACUGCUGCUCUCCUCGAGCACACCUGGUUGCACCGACACGUCCAGCUGCAAGGAGAAAAGCUCCUCAUCUUCUACCUCAUCAACACCACCACCCACCUCAGCGCUGCUGGCGCAACACCAGUUGCUCACGCAACGGUUGAAUAGUCCAUCGGAGACGUCGUCACUAUUUGGUGAGCCACCCAUCGAAGAGGAGACACGUUGCGUCGUCUGCAAUGCACACUUUCCCAAUGUGUGGCUAUUGGAGCAGCAUGCCACGCUCCAACAUCCACACAUCGGACCGGGCGAGGAGAAACCGUUCAUUUGCGAGCAAUGCGGUCAGUCGUAUCGUUAUCGCUCGGCUUAUGCUAAGCAUAAGGAGCAGAAUCAUCGCGCUCGCUUGCCGGCCGACAAGCUCUUCACGUGCGACGUCUGUGGCAUGCAAUUUCGUUAUUUGAAAUCAUUUAAAAAGCAUCGCCUCAAUCACGCGCUGGAGCGCUUGCACGGCAAGAAGAGCGUGAUUGGCAAGCACUGUAUAACGCCAUUGCAUAUGCUGGGCGAACAGGAUGUGGUGACCAGUUCACAGGAGCCGAUGUUGCCCGAUGAGGGUGGUGAGGAUUUGCGCAUUAAUGUCAAGCGUGAGCAGGACGAUGAUGAACGUGAGCAGCGUGAACGCGAGGAUCAGGACUGUACCAUCGAUUCGGCCGGUAUGAUCAUAUGCAAUGACAACAACAAUUCAACAGCUUUAGCUAGCACCACUGUGGCCGAGGCAAACAUAAGCAGUUCAGAUGGAAUUCAUAGUACAAAUAAAGGGCCACGCCUUCUUACAACUUCACAAAUGGAAACGGAUCCCUCCUAUCAUCAUUUGCAACGCCAUCCACAGCAUCAACAUGCCCAUCCACAUCACCAUCAACAGCAAGCGCCACAACAACCGUUGCCACCACAUUUGCAUGGCGGUGUUGCCGGAUCAUCACUGCCACCACAUCAACAUGCACAUCCACAUGCGCAUGUGGCUCUACCGCAUUCGCAUCAUCCACAUGCGCAUCACGCGGCAGCAUCCUCGUUGAACUCGUUAAACUCACUGAACUCCAUUACGUCGUUGAUCAAUGCCGAACGCAUACCGAACGAACAAUUCCUGGGCCUUAAUCCGCAAGAGGCUUCAAUACUCAAUUUUCUGCGUGUCGACGCAGCCGAACGUCAACGGGACAAACGCCCCCAAACCUCACGUUUCGCCUGUCCCUUCUGCGGCAAGUGCGUACGCUCCAAGGAGAAUCUAAAAUUGCACGUACGCAAACACACCGGCGAACGACCAUUCGUGUGCCUCUUUUGUGGACGCGCUUUCGGCGGCAAAUCGGACCUUACACGUCAUCUGCGCAUACACACCGGCGAACGGCCGUACCAUUGCGAAUCGUGUGGCAAGUGUUUCGCACGCGCUGACUACCUAUCGAAACAUCUAACCACACACAUACACAAUGCACCACGCUGAGAUGAGGUGCGAAGGAGACAACGACUCCUUCGCAGAUAAUAGAAUGAACAGCCGACGACAGAACUUUGGUCGGAACGUUCUUGGUGGCGCUGGUGGUGCGGCUUCUUGGCGGCCAACGCUGCGACCGCGGAGAACGAUGCAAUGCAGAAUGAGGCGAGAAAUGUGGAAUGCAACAACAACAAUGUUCAACAUUAAAACAGUAAAAAAAGUUAUGAAACGCUAUAUAGGUUAUAAUAUGUAUAAGAAACACAGGAUUAAAAGAUUCGAUAAAUUAUUGAUAAACAGAUUUGAGAAACUAUGGAUAAAUAUAAUAGUUAAAGCAUCGAUAAAUGUUAUCGAUAAACAUGUUUGAUAAAAUUAUCGAUAACUACAAAAGUAUGAGGCAAUGGCAUGCCUUUAAACAACAACUAUACCAAGAUGGGAGAAACUUCUAUUUAAGUACAUAUACAUACAUACAUUUGUAUUGGAACUCAGCUAACUAAGCUUUAUUGAUCGUGUUUACAAAGAAUUGCGUAAGAAAUUAGGUUUUCGAAUUCAACAUUUUAGGUAUGUGUGUUUUUAAUAAAGCACUCUUUGUAUGAGGUGUUUGCAAUUUUAAUUUUAGAAAAUAAUUUCAGGUUGAAAAUGAUUUUAAAAGUUGAAAGUGCUGCCAAGCAGAAUUUCAGCUAACGAAAGCGAAGACGCGGGUAUUAGCUAUUACGUAUGAAAGUUAAAAACAUGUUUUUUUAUGAAAGUUAGUUUUAAAAAAAUAAUUAAGUGUCUUAAUUCCACCCUAGGUGUCAAGUUUAGUUUUUUAGUGAUUUCUUUUUUUUUUUUAUUAAGUUUAAAAAGGCGUUUCGUUUUUACACUUAGUAUUGGAUUUACUUCAUUGAAAGAGAGGAGUUUUACGGAAUUAUUCGCAGAACAAGCAGACCUGUCACGGACCUUCAUAUUUUUUCUAAUUUAUAAAGGAGUAUUGAAAACCUAUGAGGUUCAAACAUACCUUUUUCGUCUUUAUGUUAACUUUGUACACCUUCUCUCAAAUGUAAUCACUGCCGAAAAUUACCUUUAACUAUUUUGAAUUUUUUUUUUUUUCAAUCAUAUACAUUUAUUAAAAAUCUGAGGUUAGGUAUUUCUACUAGAAUUCUAGUUGCGAUCCGUAACUUAAGGUUAGGUACUUCUAGUAGAAUCAUUCAUAUCUACUUUAAUUUCAAUCCGCAAAUUAAUAAUAGUUGUACGAUUUCUAAAAGCCACCUAACGAGCUGAAGUCAUAAAAUUAAAUGUGUUCAGUAAACCAUUAUUUUAUUUUAGCACAGGAAAACUCCAAAGUUUUGGAAA